AAGAAAAGCGCUGCUGUUCCGCAGACACACCUUAUUCUCCAGUCAGUUCGAGCAGCUGAAUCACUGCAGUGGACUCCGUCUUUGUCGGUCUUUGUUAAUCAAAAUGAGGGAAAUCGUGCAUCUUCAGGCUGGCCAAUGUGGAAACCAAAUUGGAUCCAAGUUUUGGGAAGUCAUAAGCGACGAACAUGGCAUCGACCCAACCGGCUCAUACCAUGGGGACAGCGACCUGCAGCUGGAUCGCAUCAACGUGUAUUACAACGAGGCAUCAGGUGGAAAGUAUGUCCCCCGGGCGGUGCUGGUGGACUUGGAGCCCGGCACAAUGGACUCCGUGAGGUCCGGUCCCUUUGGCCAGAUCUUUAGACCAGACAACUUUGUCUUUGGCCAGAGCGGAGCAGGUAACAACUGGGCUAAAGGUCACUACACUGAGGGAGCUGAGCUGGUGGACUCGGUCCUGGAUGUGGUGAGGAAGGAGGCCGAAGGCUGCGACUGCCUGCAGGGCUUCCAGCUCACACACUCUCUGGGUGGAGGCACCGGCUCAGGCAUGGGCACGCUGCUCAUCAGUAAAAUCCGAGAGGAGUUUCCAGACCGCAUCAUGAACACUUUCAGCGUCGUACCUUCACCUAAGGUGUCAGACACAGUGGUGGAGCCGUACAACGCCACCCUCUCCGUCCACCAGCUGGUGGAGAACACAGAUGAGACCUUCUGCAUUGAUAAUGAGGCGCUGUAUGACAUCUGCUUCCGCACGCUGAAGCUCACCACGCCCACCUACGGAGACCUCAACCACCUCGUCUCAGCAACCAUGAGCGGGGUGACCACCUGUCUGCGCUUCCCCGGCCAGCUCAAUGCUGAUCUGAGGAAACUGGCCGUCAACAUGGUGCCCUUCCCCAGGCUGCACUUCUUCAUCCCGGGCUUCGCCCCGCUGACCAGCCGAGGCGGCCAGCAGUACAGGUCGUUGACGGUCCCUGAGCUCACCCAGCAGAUGUUCGACUCCAAGAACAUGAUGGCGGCCUGCGACCCGCGCCACGGCCGCUACCUCACGGUCGCCGCCAUCUUUAGAGGCCGCAUGUCCAUGAAGGAGGUGGACGAGCAGAUGCUAAAUGCGCAGAACAAGAACAGCAGUUACUUCGUUGAGUGGAUCCCGAACAACGUGAAGACAGCCGUCUGCGACAUCCCUCCCCGGGGCCUCAAAAUGGCCGCCACCUUUAUUGGCAACAGCACAGCCAUUCAGGAUCUGUUCAAGCGCAUCUCAGAGCAGUUCACUGCCAUGUUCCGACGCAAAGCCUUCCUCCACUGGUACACUGGUGAGGGCAUGGAUGAGAUGGAGUUCACAGAGGCUGAGAGCAACAUGAACGACCUGGUGUCCGAGUACCAGCAGUACCAGGACGCCACCGCUGAGGAGGAAGGCGAGUUUGAAGAGGAGGGCGAAUAUGAAGAUCAGGCCUAGACGCCCACAACAACCUUUUCCUCUCCCCAUGCAAUUUACAUGGUUUAAUGUUCAAAACGUGCUUUAUUUUUCUCAUUCUGCUGCUGUGUUCAUUUGUGAUAACGUAACACUGACCAGAUCAGGCACUUAUCACUGAAUGUGACAAUUACUGUUUAAUAUACAGUGUUAUUCUUUUGCCAAAACAACAACAUACUUUACACUAAAAGCUACAAAUUGUGUCAGGAUCUUGUCAAUGUUACAAUAUUCCUGGUGUGCUUGUAGUGGUAAAUUGGGAUCAAAUGUGCUGAUGGAUUUUAAUAAACAUUUAUUAUUUGGUUCUUCA